UACAAAUUAUAUACGUUUUCAACUGCGAGUAUCGCUUAAUCCAUCAUAAAUCUUGAUUCAUCAUGAAACAGAACAGUUAUGAGUUAACUGGUGGGGAGUACUCUCAGUUACUAGAGCUCCGUCGGGACUAACUGUUCAAGAUGUGGGAAAGUCUUUACAACGUUUCGGAACUGUAGAUUAUAUUAUAUUCUCUGCAAUGCUGCUGGCAUGUGUAAUUAUUGGUGCCUACUUCGGUUGGCAGGACCAUGAGAAGCGAAGACGGCGCAAGACCCAAAGUCGGCGGGGUUCCGAGGCCUUGGAUUAUCUGGUUGGAGGCCGGAGGAUGCAAACUCUUCCAGUUGCAAUGUCACUAGUUGCGAGCUGGGUAUCGGGAAUUGCUCUGAUGGGAGCUGCGACCGAGACGUAUUUGUAUGGGAUUCACUUUGCCUACAUUUUCACGGGGAUAAUUGCUAUGGCUGUCAGUAUGAACUUCAUAUUCCUACCAAUAUUCCAUGGAUUGCAAAUAACAUCCGUUUAUGAAUAUCUCGAAAUGAGGUUCGAUAAAAGAGUCCGGCUUCUAGGUUCGAUAUUGUUCACCUUUGCGACUCUUCUACAUCUGCCUAUUGUGGUUUACGUUCCAGCGUUAGCAUUUAAUCAAGUUUCAGGGAUCAGUGUCCAUUCUACCACCAUAGUUGUCUGUAUAGUUUGCAUAUUUUAUACUGGUGUGGGAGGCAUCAAAGCAGUGGUAUGGACCGAUGUUCUACAAACCGUUGUGAUGGUCGCUUCUCUUGUCAUAAUUGUUGUAAAAGGUACUGCCGAUAUUGGAGGGCUAGCAGUUCUGAUUGAACGAAACAUCGCAAGUGGUAGAAUAGAGCCCCCAAAUUUCAGCAUAGAUCCCACGGAACGCACCAGUAUCUGGGCAAUUUUCAUAGGUGGUGGAUUUUUUUGGAUAGUAAAAAAUGCGAUGCACCAAAUGAUGGUUCAGCGAUAUCUUUCACUGCUAAAUUUCCGCGACGCUCAACAGGCACUGCUGAUCUUCACGAUUUGUAUAAUAUGUCUUAUGUCGAUCUGCUUCUACAAUGGGCUUUUGAUUUACGCGACCUUCCAUGACUGUGACCCAUUGACAACAAAACUGGCGCAAGCCAAGGAUCAAUUGCUGCCAAUCCUGGUGAUGAAGGUGUUUGGAGAGUAUCCAGGAUUAGCCGGUCUCUUCAUUUCGGGAAUUUUUAGCGCUUCUCUUAGCUCUCUAUCCACCGGACUAAAUUCGCUAGCCGCAAUUGUUCUGGAGGAUUUUUUCAAACCCUUCUUCCGUCAACUGACCGAAACACAAACACGGUACUUGAUGAGAGGAACAGUGCUAUUCUUCGGUAUUGUUGCCGUCGUUCUGGUGAUGGUUGUGGAGAAACUUGGAACCGUUCUCCAGCUUUCGAUGAGUUUGGUUCCUAUUUCGUUGGGUCCAUUGUUGGGAGUGUUCUUGAUGGGUAUGUUAUUACCAAGGAUAAACGGAAGAUGCGCUUUAUCUGGAGCCGUCACCGGGUUACUUGCAAUGCUCUAUAUUGUUAUACGGGCACAAAUCUCAGUAGCAUUCAAGGAAAUUGUUCAUACCACCAAACCAGUUUCAGUUGCAGGAUGUACAUAUGAGUUCGACAAUGUCACAAUAGCUAUCAGCGCUGAACAUUUCCCUGAAGUGGAUAAAUCAAUACACCGUAUAUCUUUUCUUUAUUACACUGUAAUUGGUGCAACAGUUACUUCGUUAUUUGGAUUUUUGUACUCAUUCUAUCUUGGCACAAAUGAUUUAUCGACUAUGGAUCCAUCGCUUAUAGCUCCAUUCUUGAGAGAAUACAUAUUUCCUAAGGAAAUACUCAGUAGGACGCCCGUUGUUCAUUCAUUUGAUUUAAAUACGAACCCUGAUACAAAGCUGUAAAAACAAAUGAUUUCAAUAAACGUCCCCUCCUCACACUUCAA